AUGAAGCUCCUUAGCUUUUCUCUGCUCACGGUGACCAUUCUUCUUUGCUGUAACAUGGCUCAGCCUGAACUAAAGAAGAAGGCUUUUUCCAAAACUGGAUAUUGCCCAGAGUUUCAUCUUUCCUGUCCCUUUGUCCUUAUACCCAAAUGCAGACGUGAUAAAGGCUGCAAGGGGGACCAGAAGUGUUGCUUCUACUACUGCCAGAUGCGCUGUGUGGAACCGUGGGAUACUAUAGAUUAG